GGUUGGCGGGAGAGGAUGCCAUGGGACGGAAUGAGUUGGACGUCGGGGUCAAGAGAGCGCUUCUCGCGUGGACUUCUCACUGGUGCUGGUGCCACGGAGAAUUACAAGCGUAAGACUGUGUAACGUCCUUCACCGUCAAGAGAGAUGCACCGUGUAUCGAGAUGACAUGACUAGUUCCUAUGAAAUACUCCUUGUCUAUCUGCAAGCACAUUUGAGUGCCCAUGGAGCUCGAAAGAAGGUGAGCGAGUAUUAUCAUCUUCCCCUGCUCUCACAGACUUUAUGGCGGUAGGUCCAACAAUUGGAAAAUGAGCGGCAUCUAGAGUAUUCUUCAUGCUACAUAGGGUAACUUGGAUGCCCUUUGCGUUCGCUCCCGCUCUUUGUCAUCGUGUGAAUGUGAUUUCGAACAUGAUUUCAAGCUUAUUUUCUUUAUGGGGUCUUACUAUCGACACCACCAGAAGUUUCUCACGAGUGAAUUCUUAGUGAAGGGAAUCCAUUCACACAUUACAAUUCUUACACACAAGCCUCCCAUAUCCAUCUCUUCUUUUUUCUCCUCCUUAUCGCACCAAACACAACCUCCACAACCGACCGAAGCCAGCAGCACAGCACAGCACAGCACAGCACCAUACCCAUCUCAAAGCGCCAACAGCCCUGCCUUACCCUAUCAGCCAAACACAAUGAUCCACGUCAUCUUCUCGGCCAUAGCCUUCACUUUCAUCCUCUCACUCACCCACCUCACCUACUGCUUCGUCUACAUCAUACUCGCAAGCUUCAUCCACCUCGCCACUUACGGCACCAGCAGAGCCAAAGCAGGAAUUUGCGCGCGCAGCAAGACCAAGCCCAAGACUAAAACCAAGACCAAGAGCAAGAACACCAAAGACGAUGCUAUGUCCGCAAAAGUACACAUCGCCGAAACAAUCGCCAUAGAAAAAGAACAACAACAACAAGGACAAGAAGCUAGUGAAUAUGCCUACGUGCCCAGCAUAGCAGACCGCCGCGCCAUCCGCCGCGCCAUCCACGCCGCCAUCUGGCGGGACUGCUCGCCUGCUCUCCCAGCAGCAGUAGAGACAGCAAACGCCGACGCAGACUCCGAGUGCAAGCUCUCUGAAGCAGAGAUCCUGCAUAUCCGCCGCGCCGUGCACGACGCGCUGGCGCGGGCAUAGAAGUCAGGACGCGUGUGUACACACGGCGCCAUGGGCGGAGAACAGCUCUGCUGACUAGACGGGCGGGACGGGAGCGGUAGAAGGGCAGACGGGCGUUAAUGGGACUGAAGAAGAAGAAGAAGAAGAAGAAGAAGAAGAAGAAGAAGAAAGAAGCGCUCGCGCUUCUUGACGUGGAGUUUCCGAGCAGAUGUUUCAAGGAGGAGAGCUGGGUGCGCAGCUUGCUUGAUACCUAGGAUUCUAGUCGCGCAGCUGCACGGAUCGAGAGUGAACGUACAGUAAGUACCCUGUGGAUGCCGUUUGUG